UGGAAAUACCCCUUUAUUAACGAAAAAUAGACACUAUGUAACUUUAUUGCACUGGAAAAACUAUGUUAUGGAUCUCUCCUUUUAAGUAGAUUAUCUCGGAGAAAGAAUUAAUAUUUUUUUCUAUUCUUUUUCUUUUUUAUUUUAGUAAUAAUGUAACAAUUCCGUUUGUAGGAACAAAGAAAAGAGAACCAGAUCUAUUCUAUACCCGAUAAGUACCAAUACGCAAUGGGGGGUUGACUCUAUUUUAUAUGAGCGAAUGCAUAGAGAUUUGUUCAUCAUUCAAAGUACCUAUUCGUAAGAAUUGAACUCUAUUGGUUUUGUCUUCCCUUUUUUUUUUAUUUUAUAUAUAUAUUUUUAUAUAUAUAUUUAUAUAUUAUAUAUAUAUAAAUAUAUUAAAUAUAUAAAUAUAAACUUAUCGAAUCCAUGUAUAAAAUAUUAUAAAGGUUAUUAUUAUUAAGACAAUAAAUUCAUUGUUAUAAGACAAUAAAUUCAUUGUUACGUUUUCACAUCAAAGUGAAAUAGAGUACUGAAAAUUUUUCUGUCAUUUAAUGCCUAUUGGUGUUCCAAAAGUCCCUUUUCGAAAUCCUGGGGAAGACGAUUCCAUUUGGAUUGACGUAUACAACCGACUUUAUCGAGAAAGAUUACUUUUUUUAGGUCAAGAUGUUGAUAGCGAGAUCUCGAAUCAACUUAUUGGUCUUAUGGUAUAUCUCAGUAUAGAGAGCGAGACUAAAGAUUUGUAUUUGUUUAUAAACUCUCCUGGGGGAUGGGUAAUACCCGGAAUAGCUAUUUAUGAUACUAUGCAAUUUGUGCGACCAGAUGUACAAACAGUAUGCAUGGGAUUAGCUGCUUCAAUGGCAUCUUUUAUCCUAGUUGGAGGAAAAAUUACCAAACGUUUAGCAUUCCCUCAUGCUUGGGUAAUGAUUCAUCAACCUAUUGCUGGUUUUUAUGAGGCCCAAAUAGGAGAAUUUGUCCUGGAAGCAGAAGAACUACUGAAACUGCGCGAAAUCCUCACAAGGAUUUAUGCACAAAGAACGGGAAAACCUUUAUGGGUUGUAUCCGAAGACAUGGAAAGAGAUGUUUUUAUGUCAGCAGCAGAAGCCCAAGCUCAUGGAAUUGUUGAUCUUGUAGCAGUUGCAUAAGAAAUAGCAGAAAUUUCACGCAAAUCACGAUUGAAUAUUUUUUUUCUUACCGGACUUUCAAUUUCAAUUAAAUAUUCUUUAAUAUUCUAUUAAUUAUUUAAUAAUUAUUUAAUAAUAGAAUAUUAAUAAUAAUAAUAGAAUAUUAAUAUAGAAAAAAUUCAUAAUCAUCCGGUUAGGAUCGAUCUAAACCAGCCCAUUAUGCAUAUGAUUCAACAUGCCAACUAUUAAACAACUUAUUAGAAACACAAGACAGCCAAUCAGAAAUAUCACCAAAUCCCCUGCUCUCGGGGGGAUGUCCUCAGCGCCGAGGAACAUGUACUAGGGUGUAUGUGCGACUUGUUCAGAUCGUGAACUUGGACAAAAGAAAACUUUUCCAACAUCUAUGAUCAGUACGGAUGAAUAAGAUAGAAUAGAAGAAUCCCCUUCAUUAUCUAAAAAAAAAAAGAUCUAUCAUAUUCGUCUAUUGUGUAUCAAAUUUAUGGUUUCAUUGUUGCACCUCAAUUUUCAAUUUAAAACGAGAAAGAGUUUCCCAUUGGUAACAAAUGAUUAUCCUUUAAGCGGGGGAAAUCUUAUUAAUCUUAUUUAAAUUAAAAGGCCAAAAAUUAUACCCCUACUCUUGCAAGAACGGACUAACAGGGUCAACUAAUUAGAAAAUCCUCAUAAUUAAAUACCGUUACUGUAUAGACGGAUCUCCUUGUGAAAGACCUAUUACUAGAUAAUUCAUGGGUAGAGCCAAAAAGUGUGAACUGUACAUGUUAACAAUAGCAUUGAUUAAAUGAUUAAAUAUUUAUUAUAUUUAUUAUAUUAAAUGAUUAAAUAAGGAGGGGCUCCGGUGUAUAGAGAAGACCUCACCGUUUAAGAAGUAACCAUAGAAACGAUGGAACCCACUAUUAUUUCUAUUAUUUAUUUAUCUAUUUCUAUAUUUUUAUUUACUACUUUUUUAUUAUAUUUUUGUUUGAUACCUAGUAUCAAUACAGUUUCUUAUUUCGAGGUGAAAUGCCUCGAAAGAAAAAAUCGUGGUUGGGAAGGUUAUAGUAGCAAAAGCCGUUGGAAUUAUUAUUUUAUACACUGGAAGAAUCCGUUUUGUUAUUAUAGAAAAGGGGAAAAGAAUAACUGAAAGAAAGGAAAUCAAUUAGUUAUUUAUCAAAGUUUCGUUUAUUCAAUGACCAGAAUUAGACGAGGAUAUAUAGCUCGGAGGCGUAGAACAAAAAUUCGUUUAUUCGCAUCAAGCUUUCGCGGGGCUCAUUCAAGACUUACUCGAACUAUUAUUCAACAAAAAAUAAGAGCUUUGGCUUUGGCCCAUCGGGAUAGAGAUAGGCAAAAAAGAAAUUUUCGUCGUUUGUGGGUCACUCGGAUAAAUGCAGUAAUUCGUGAGAAUAGGGUAUCCUAUAGUUAUAGUAUAUUAAUAAAUAAUCUGUACAAGAGACAGUUGCUUCUUAAUCGUAAAAUACUUGCACAAAUAGCUAUAUUAAAUAGGAAUUGCCUUUAUAUGAUUUCCAAUGACAUUAUCAAAUAAGUAAAUUGGAAAGAAUCUAUGAAAUAUUUUACAUGGAAUUCCCUGAAGAAGGAAUUCCGGGAAGGUAGAAUAGAAAUUAGUAUGAUAAAAUAUGAUAGAAAUUAGUAUGAUAAAAUAUGAUGAUAAUAUAAUCAAGUAUAAAGUAGUCAAACUGAACAAAAACAUUCAAUAAAAAAAAUUUCUUCUUACCCAACUCGUUUUUUUUCUUACGACACGACACUCAAAUUUGGAUUUUCGGAUUUUUUGAACAAAACAUUAAUCUAGGUUUAAAUUAAAUUCGGAUUUGAAUUUUGAUUCAAUUGAGGAGUAAG